CCGCUUGCGUCCGACGCGCAUACAUUCGAAGAAGUAAUUAAAUAAAAUAUAUAUACAUACAUAUAUAUUGGUGCAGUGAAAUAAAACUGUGUUCGGUGUUUAUUUGUGUGGGCGGUAUAGUUUCGUUAAUUUAGUCUUACAUUCAAAGUUUUCAGAGAACAAACAAAAAGACGGCAUUAAAAAAGAAAACAAAAAAAGCAGUGUCUCAUUCAAAAUGAUGACGGUCAGCGAGACUCAGUUCUCUUCGAACAAAAUGUCCAGCAUCCACAAGAUUAACGACAGGGUUGUCCACCGCGACAGCUUCGAUGACGUCCAGAGCUCUUCAUCAGUCAACAGUACUCUGGUCACGAAGCGAGGGUUCAAGCCGUCAGACAUGUUCGACCCACAGAAGAAGGAAUUCCUCACCAAUCUCAGUUAUAAGUUGUUCCCUGUAAGUUGGAAUGACGGAGAAAUAUCCAGGGACGCAAGCUUGGAACCGACAGAUCUCCUUACUGAAGACGUCGAGAACAAAGCCAUUCUGGUGGGGGACAAGACGGUGGACCUGAACAAGAUUUUCACACCAGCGCCUGAUGCUGAAGAGCAUAUCAUCAAGAAAGACCGUAAAUUCGAGAAGACGUUCGCAUCGUCCGCGUUCUAUGUGCCCGGCGUCCAUCCUACAGUCAAGGAGCAGAUGGAUCUGGCGCGAGCCAUUUCCAAGUCCUUGAGUGACUCCAGCAACCACAUGAGCAAGGGCCAGAGCAUGUACGUGAACAGGAAGAAGAGAUCAGUCAAAUGGGUGCACGAGGGAAGAGGCCGGAACACUUCGAACACGUGCUCGACCCCCACCCCGGUGGCCAGCCACGACACGCCGUACCGACCGCCGUCCAGCCUGCGCAACCAGAAGACGUACCCAAAAUCGGCACUAAAGCACUCGAGCCUGCCCAAAAUCGACCCUCCAGUUUUUCCGCCUACAAUAACGGUCCAGAAUGUUGAUCUGCCGGUACCAAUGGCUCCGACGAAGCUGAAUGAUGUGUACGCUUCGCCGAAGAGCCCGCGGCUGCCCCUAGUGUCCGGGCCGAAUUUCAAUGUGGCGCCACGAGGCUGGGGCGACAUGAAAGAUUACUACCGACCGGUUUCGCUAGAUGGCGUUGGCAAGGUGGCCGUCGGAUUCUCUGAUUUUUAAAUGUGAUCAGCGGUUUUAGCGAACCGAUUAAUUUCAAGGGCGGUCUGUAUUUUCGUGAAGCGAUUUGAUAGUUGAUAAGAAACGGGUAAUUUAUUUUUCCCUAAUACAAUGAUUAUUAAAUAUACACUUUUGUUUAUUCAACUCGAUAUUGCUAAAGUACCACCGUCCGCCUAAAGUUAUUUUUGUGACUAUUCCAUUAACUGUGUGGCGGGUAGCCAUCAUACAACGCAAGAUAAUUGACAGAUGCCUGAAUUUCGCUUACGACAUUUUCAAGAUAAAGC